CCGAGAGACGGCGGCGAGUGGGGGGAGGGGGUGGCGACCCGACUGAUCGGCGGCAGCAUCGCGACAGUCGGCCCGCGAUCGGGGGGAGGGGACCGAUCCCCGGGGCCCGACCGGCCCGCAGGAGCCUCCGUGUUGGAGCUUUCUGAAGCAUGAGGAGAGCCCCCCGCCAGUGACCCAAACAUGGCUGACAAGAGGAAAUUGCAAGGUGAGAUCGAUCGGUGUCUGAAGAAGGUCUCCGAGGGGGUGGAGCAGUUUGAGGAUAUUUGGCAGAAGCUCCACAAUGCAGCCAACGCCAACCAGAAGGAGAAGUAUGAAGCCGACCUGAAGAAGGAGAUCAAGAAGCUCCAGAGGCUGAGGGACCAGAUCAAGACGUGGGUGGCUUCAAAUGAGAUCAAAGACAAGAGGCAGCUGAUAGACAACCGGAAACUCAUUGAGACGCAAAUGGAGCGGUUCAAGGUGGUGGAGCGGGAGACCAAGACCAAAGCCUACUCCAAGGAGGGGCUGGGCCUGGCGCAGAAAGUCGACCCUGCGCAGAAGGAGAAGGAAGAGGUUGGCCAGUGGUUAACGAACACCAUCGACACGCUGAACAUGCAGGUGGAUCAGUUUGAGAGCGAGGUGGAGUCACUCUCUGUGCAGACACGCAAGAAGAAGGGGGACAAGGAUAAGCAGGACCGGAUCGAGGGGCUGAAGCGGCACAUCGAAAAGCACCGGUACCACAUCCGCAUGCUGGAGACCAUCCUGCGCAUGCUGGACAACGACUCCAUCCAGGUGGACUCGAUCCGCAAGAUCAAGGACGACGUGGAGUAUUACGUGGACUCCUCACAGGACCCCGACUUCGAGGAGAACGAGUUUCUCUACGACGACCUCGACCUAGAAGACAUUCCGCAGGCUCUGGUAGCCACCUCCCCGCCCACCCACAGCCACCUGGAGGACGAGAUCUUCAACCAGUCCAGCAGCACUCCCACCUCCACCACCUCCAGCUCGCCCAUUCCGCCCAGCCCUGCCAACUGCACGACGGAGAAUUCAGAAGAUGACAAGAAGAGGGGGCGGUCGACGGACAGCGAGGUCAGUCAGUCUCCCGCGAAGAACGGUUCGAAAAGCGUCCACAACAACCACCCCCCACCCUCGCCGGCCGUCACCCCCAGCUACCAGCUGGGCAGCAGCUCCAGCACCUCGUCCUCGCUGGGCAACGGCCCGGGCUCCAGCAGCAACGGAGCCGUGUCCAACAGCAGCGGGGGCGCCGGGGCCAAGGCCGUCCCAGCUGCCGGCCACACGCCCAGCACCCCCACCCCCUACGCCCAGGCCGUCGCGCCCCCGCCCCCCGGUGCCAACGCCUCGCAGCCCCGGCCUCCCAGUGCCCAGCAGAACGCCAGCAAGCAGAACGGAGCCACCAGUUACAGCUCCGUGGUGGCUGACAGCACGUCUGACUCCGUUCUUGGCAGCAGCGGCUCAGUGCUCCCCACCCAGCCAGUGGCCCACAAUCCGCCCAGCAGCGCUGCGAAAGAGCCCAGCGGAGCCCCCGCGCCCCCCAGUGCCAGCUCUGGCCUCCUGGUCCCCAUGACGGUGAAUACCCCGAGCUCCCCGACCCCUUCCUUCUCCGAGGCCAAGCCGAGCCAGCCGCUGCUCAACGGGCCGCCCCAGUUCAGCUCCACGCCAGAAAUCAAGGCGCCCGAGCCCCUGAGCAGCUUGAAAUCCAUGGCAGAGCGAGCAGCCAUCGGAUCCAGUAUAGAGGACCCAGUGCCAUCUCUCCACCUGGCUGAAAGGGCAGACAUUUUAAUUAGUAGCACGACCUCGCAGCCGGCCUCCAGCCAGCAGCCUAUCCAGCUGUCGGAGGUGAACAUCCCUCUCUCCCUGGGGGUCUGCCCCCUGGGACCGGUGCCCCUCACCAAGGAGCAGCUCUACCAGCAGGCCAUGGAGGAGGCAGCCUGGCACCACAUGCCUCACCCCUCGGACUCAGAGAGAAUCCGGCAAUACCUGCCCCGGAACCCCUGCCCGACCCCCCCUUACCACCACCAGAUGCCUCCGCUGCACUCGGACACCGUGGAGUUCUACCAGCGGCUCUCGACGGAGACGCUCUUCUUCAUCUUCUACUAUCUGGAGGUACAGAAGGGCCCCCUCUGCAGGCUAGAGCGCUCUAUAGUCCCGCCCUGUCUGGCCGCCGCUGCCGCCUUUCCCUCGGGCAGGAGGGGCGAGGGUACCAAGGCGCAGUACCUGGCGGCCAAAGCCCUGAAGAAGCAGUCAUGGCGCUUCCACACCAAGUACAUGAUGUGGUUCCAGCGGCAUGAGGAGCCCAAGACCAUCACGGAUGAGUUUGAGCAGGGCACGUACAUCUACUUCGACUAUGAGAAAUGGGGCCAGCGGAAGAAGGAAGGGUUCACUUUCGAGUACCGCUAUCUAGAAGACCGCGACCUGCAGUGACGCCUGCUCACCCCCCAGGGGGCGCCAGCCUUCCAGAGUCACGCGGGCGGGACAUCGGGGCGUGGGGGGGGGACGAGAGGCCAAGCUCGCCUCCCCCACCCCCAUUCCACCUCACCACCCCCAGGCGGGGGCCCCCUCCGGCCAUCCGAACCCUUUAAAUGCAUGCAGUUUUAAAAGACAAGAACAAGAGGGGGGGGGCUGUGAAGGGAGGGGAAAUCAGUCAUUCCCUGGCCCCCCUUCCUGGGUGAGUGUUGGGGGGGUGGGCAGAGGGACACGCGCAGGCACAAAAAACAAGUGAACAAAGAUGACCUUGGGGGAGGGGCGUUAAAUCAUUUGGCUUUUUUAAAAAAAAAAAUUAAAACAGCAAAAAAUCCAGCAGAAUUAUUGUAAACCCCCCCCAAAAAAAUUCCUCUGGGGGGGCCCCAAACCCUACCUCCCCCUCAAUUCCCACCCCCCUGCUCUCCCAUUUUUCGUCUCCUCCCCACUCCCAUGAGUUUUCAAUCCAGCCCCAAAGCAGAUCAGCUGGGUUUUCCUUGGGGGAGGGACGGACAGGAAUUCAAAAGGGGAGGCUGGUUUUUCUGAUUGCUUUUCCCCCCCUUCUCCCGAGGUGCUAUGCAGCCGCUGAGGGCCGGGUGUUUAAAAUAUUUUUCGUAACCCUAUUUUCAUUUUGGAAAAUAUUUAUGAAUAAAUAGUUUUAUAUGA